AAAAGUGCACUAUUGAGACACCACCAUUUUUUCACUGUUGAAAGACUCACACGAAGCCAAGAUAAUGUACGACCUUUCUGGUUAACCUUACUGACACAUGCGUGCCACUACCAGCAUAAUACCUACUCCCUGCCUGACACCAUACGACAGUUGUCGCGACGUCAAUACCGAGAGUGACUUUGCAUCAGUCAAUGUCUGUCUACUGAAGCAGUGCAUGGGCACAUGUGAAACCAACAGACAGGUCAAGCGUAUCGGAUCCAAACAUUGCAAGACCAACCUGUGGCCGAGGACCAAGCUUAUCAUUUCCCUCAAUAAGAGACCACAGUCGUCAGAUUGUUCUGGUAACGUAUUAACCAGUUCACAGUUCCUGGCCUGCUGCUUAUAGCGGGGCGUGACCGUCACCCGUUCAGCUAUCUGUGUGUGGUUGUGACUAGUCACCGUUCUAGGAGACUGUAGGCAUUGACUGGUUAAUAACGUCCGGUUCAUGGAAUCAGGUACAGAUGUCGACUCCCGAGCGCGUGGACUGACAGGCGCUGUUGAUUCGGACUAAAACUGCCCGUGUCCCACAAAAGGAUUUCCACGACCCCCUGUGUAUAAUGCCCGGGGGAGGAGAACACCAUGGAGGGAAUAAUACCACGAGUACUGCUACUCGUGAUCUGCAGUCUGGGUCCUGUCUGCCGGGCAAUGACCUCCACCUUAAGUCUCUCAGCCGGUGAACAGGCAAUAAUCACCUCGCCCAAUUUUGGACCCGGACAGAAGUACCCAAGAGAUAUAGAAUAUUUAUGGAACAUAUAUUCUUCGCUUUCGGACAAAAUGACAGUAACAUUUAACACCUUUGAUGUGGAGCCUCACUCGGUCUGCGCAUGGGACUACGUCAUCGUCAACGACGACACGUGCGAUAGCGGUACAGGUCAAAGACAUUGCGGAUCCUCCAUUCCUCAACCAUACAUCACUUCCUCAUCAUCCGUGUGCAUCCGGUUCCAUUCUGAUGCUAUCAUCCCUAAGGCUGGUUUUAAUCUUACAGUUUUUGCCUCUGUUUCGCAUACAACCUCGACGCCGGCCGUCCUGUCAACGCCACCAGUAACGCCACAUCUUCCUCACAUCUCUUGUUGGUCCGACACCCCGAUAUCUCAGUCCGCCAUCAUAUCGUCUCCCGGAUAUGGUGUUGACCCAAAUUAUCCUAACAAUGUGGUGUGUCUCUGGAAGAUCGAGUUACAAAUAAAUCAGGUUGCCGUCGUGGCCUUCGACAGCUUCCAUUUGGAGUUCCAUCAAAGCUGUGUAUACGACUGGCUGAAAAUAUAUGACAGCCCAAUGGUGACGUCACAAGUAAAGGCUACAUUUUGUGGCGACACAAAGCCGAGCAAUAUUACAUUAUCCAAAAAGUCCUACAUUCAGUUCAAAUCGGACAUAAUUGUUCCAAAGUCUGGGUUUCUUGCUAGAAUAUUUAUAACUAAAACUAUAACUACAUCUUCAUCAAACGUGCAAUCUCCAUCAUCAUAUGCAUCAUCAUCAUCAUCGUCGUCGUCGUCGUCGUCAUCAUCAACAACAACGUCAUCAACACCAGCUCAUAGUUCAACAUCAUCAACCACAGAGUCCACAUUAUCAAUACAGUCAUCAACAGGGAAGGCAACAACAACGUCCACUGUUGAAAUGUGUAAGGGCGUCAGCAUUGUUGACGACGUUAGCUCAUUGACGCUACUGUCGCCGGGGUACAGCGAGGGUCAGUAUCCCCUCAACAUCUUCUGUGACAUUACACUGACGACGGGUACCGACAAGAAACUAUUGAUGUCAUUCCUGGACUUCCACCUAGAGUACAACCCGCUCUGUAUCUGGGACAGCCUCUCUCUGUACGACGGCACAUGCCACUCCGGCGCUCUACUGGGAAAAUACUGCGGAUCAUCAAAACCUAGCAAUCUGACGACGUUAGGAAAUAAACUAUGCUUACAAUUCAAAUCUGAUUUCGUUGUGCCAAAACAAGGCUUCAAGGUCGUGAUAAACACCAAGACAUCUGUGCGCCUGGGUGGUGUUCAGAAUAACACAACGACCGGAAGUGACGUCCUUGAACCACCCACUGCUUCACCUGGUGAAGCACCUGCAGCUGGUCCUCAGCCAUCCAACUCCACCAGCAGUGGUUCUGCUUCUACAGAUUUUCCACAUCCUUCAACAACAACUACCACUGAUCAUUCAAAACCUAUUGGAGGUCCCUUCCCGCCUUCCACAACGACAACAUCCUCGUCUACAUCGUCUACUCCAACUGUCUCAUCGUCACCGAGCUUCAGCUCGUCAACAGAGGAUGCUGUGAUGCCAUCUUCAUCCAGUACUGUUUCUACUGAAGGAACAUCUUCAAGCAUGUCUACAGAUGGUUUAACAGUGUCAUCAAACAGUGAUGUGUCCAAGACUGUGACGACAUUGCCAUCAUCAUCACCCACAAUAACUGUCUCGCCAAUAGUCCCCAUGUGUGCUUCAUCAGAGAUGAACGUGUAUUCACCGGUGACGGUAACAUCUCCUAACCUCGGCCCUGGGAAGUCCUACCCUCCACAGACGACAUGUACCCUGUGUCUAUCUUCCCAUCAAACACAGAAGCUACACCUGUCAUUCACGGAGUUCGACUUAGAGCCACACAAUACGUGUGCAUGGGACAGCCUAACUGUUUACGACGGGAACUCUACAACUGCGCCUACACUUGCAACCCUGUGUGGAGGUCUGUUUGCGGCGGGCAGCUUCACUUCAUCUUCUCGUUCACUAUGUCUCAAGUUCGUCUCGGAUUUCAUCGUUCAAAAGCGAGGUUUCAAAGCAACCGUUAAACCAUUCGAAGUCAUUGGUCGCCUGGCAUCAACAUCGUCGACUCUACAAACUUCACACACUGCCCAUGCAACGUCAGCUUCUGCUCCCAUGUCUCCCACGUCACCAACGACAACGUCGUCAACCUCGACAUCAACAACUACUUCAACUACACUGAUAAUUACUUCUGACGUCAGCGUUCCCGAUACAUCAAAACCAAAGAUUGUCACUGUUAACACGUCCACCACCACGACAACUUUGGCCACGACCACAAUAUCAACGCCUACAACCACAACUACGCCCGCCAUCACUACAACCACGCCCACCACUACUACACCCACGCCUACCACCACUACAACCACGCCUACCACCACUACAACCACGCCCACCACUACUACACCCACGCCUACCACCACUACAACCACGCCUACCACCAUCACAACUACGCCCGCAACCACUACAACCACGCCUACUACAACUACACCAACGCCUACGACCACUACAACCACGCCUACCACCACUACAACCACGCCUACCACCACUACAACCACACCUACCACCACUACAACCACGCCUACCGCCAUCACAACUACGCCCGCAACCACUACAACCACGCCUACUACAAUUACAACAACGCCUACCACCAAGACAACCACGCUCAUGUCCAGUGUUCCUCUCGUUGCCUGCACUGGUCCACCACAAGAGUUACCUAUAUCAUCAGGAAUACUUUCAUCUCCUGGGUUCGAAUCUCAGACACCAUACCCAAAUAACCUCGACUGCAAGUGGCUUAUAAAUACCGAGUCCCACACAACCACCCACAUCGCGUUUACAAACUUUGAGUUAGAGUCCCAAAACCAAUGCAGCUGGGACAGCCUCACGAUCUACAAUGGUAGUUACGUCACUGAUGACGUCAUAGCAAAAUUAUGCGGUGCUGAAUUACCAGAAAAUAUCACAAUAAAUGGCAGUCAGGUUCUUCUCCAUUUCCAUACAGACAGGAUGGUAUCGAAGAAAGGGUUUCGUCUAGUUUACUACACUGAGGUCACGCCCACAAAACCAGCAUCAUCAACGUGUCCAGUUGGACGUGUCCCCUGUGAUGACGGGACGUGCAUCCCGAGCGCGUGGGUGUGUGAUGGAGAGGCGAACUGCGUGCAUGCGGAGGAUGAGGUGAACUGUGGUCAGUGUAGUGAUGCCCACUUCACGUGCGGUGACGGUACGUGCAUCGCGAUGUAUCAGCGUUGCGACGGGAACCCCCACUGCAGCGACAUGGAAGAUGAGGACAACUGCACAAUGGUAGAUUCAACAGACGAGCAAGACAUGUUGUUAAUCAUGCGCAGUGGCACGUUGUUUCCGGUUUGUUUUGACCAAUGGGAGGCCGAGUUUUCUAAUAAAGCAUGCACGGAAGCCGGAUAUGGAAACGUUAUUCAGCAAAGAGGGAAGGCAUCGCCUGCAACAGCGUUCCUUGUUCCUACGGGAGAUGUGUUGGGUGAUCCUGGCUUGUUUCAUAACAAGUUCAUAUUCAGUUCUGCAUGUGCCAGUGGCCGUGCUGUAUCCUUGACCUGCCAACCAAGAGAAUGCGGCCGAAAGUCCAACAACCUACCCUCUGCAUAUAUCUUGGGCGGAAACCGGUCAGUACGAGGGAAAUGGCCGUGGGUUGUCUCCCUUAUGUCUGGGGCGAAACAGGUGUGUGGCGCAACUAUCAUCAGCAGCACGUGGGUCGUCACGGCUGGCCACUGUGUGGAGACCCUCCUCAACUCGCCACAGACAACAAACAUCGUAGCCGGCUACGUCAACCUAGAUGCCCCGGAUGUUGAGAGCGCUCGCGUGACUGAAAUCAUCCUUCAUCCUGAGCACAACUUCAUCUACAACGCCGACAUUGCACUUCUUCAUCUACAGCGCCCUCUCGUGUUUUCAGACAGAGUUAAGCCCCUUUGUCUCCCUCCCCGCCAACACGACUGGUCGACUUCGUUGUCUUGUUUUAUAGCAGGAUGGGGAGUAACCAAGAGAAUGAAUUCUGCAGACUUGUCGGCUAUUUACCAUCUUGAUAUAUUAGCCGGAGUGACCUCCCCUUACCUCCACCACGCCCAGCUUCAUCUGUGGUCGCAGAGCAAGUGUCGCGACGUAUAUCCUAUUAAGGUCAAGGACACCAUGAUCUGUGCAGGGGAGGAAUCGGGUUCAGUUGAUGCCUGCAAGGGUGACAGCGGCAGCCCGCUGAUGUGUGAGACGGCCCCGGACCGGUGGGAGCUGGUGGGCAUCACCAGCUGGGGUGAAGGGUGUGGUCAGGUUGGCAAACCCGGCGUCUACACCAGGGUGGAUCGCUACAUCGACUGGAUUAAACAACAAACCAAACACAUGGAGGCAGCCAGCUGUAGCUUUGAGAGCCCGAACAUGUGCGGUUACAAGGACAAUUCCACGGAGGACUUCAUCUGGACCAGACGUAAAGGUGGACUGGCUUUCCCACAACGCCCCUACAAUGAUAACACAUUCGGAAAUACGUCAGGUCACUACAUGUACGCCUUUGUGUCCUACGAGUCCAAGAAUCAGAUCGCCAGCCUGACCUCUCCGACCUUCUCAAACUCCGGAUUUAGUUGUCUGACCUUCACCUUGACCUUCAUGAAUGCAAAGGACGCGAGACUCCGGGUAUACGGGGUAUCCAACUCGUCAGGCGACACGACAGUGAUGAUGCUGCUUGCGCCUUUACAGGGGGCGUGGAGGAUGGCGGAGCAGGAGCUGGGUGGUGACGUUUCGCGCGUGAUGUUUGUUGCUGAGGCUGGUCGAUGGACAGAUGGGGGCGUUGGUUUAGACGACGUUAAGAUAGAAAACAGAAGAUGUGACGGCACUUUGAAGGUGUCAUGUGACUUUGACGGGGGUACUUUCUGUGAGUACCUUCAAGCAGAGGAUGACUCGUUUGACUGGAACUUAAAGAUAGUUCCACUAACGGACAACAAAGCCAGGGCAUCUAAGGGACAUAACUCAGAUCACUACCUCGAAGCCGAUGGAACAAAUCGAAACCCUGGAGACAAGACCAGAGUUAUCUCCCCUGUUUUGAACACAACUGUCCCACAAUGCAUCAGUUUGCAGUUCAAGAUUUACCCGCCCCUGUCCGGUACCUUGUCAAUCUGUACAAAGUCAGUGUUCCACCACAAUACCUUCCUGAAUUGCAACAUUUGGUCACGUGCGAGCAGCGAGGGAAAUGAUUGGACAGACGGCCAUGCCCAGAUCCCAGCGGCAACCUACCCUUACGGGAUUGUCUUUCAGGCUGAGAGGGGACAGACGGCGGGUGUCAUCGCCAUUGAUAACCUGGCCAAGAAAGACGGGGAAUGCCACUUAUAAUGUUCAGUAUUGAUGCCAAGGAUCCGACGAAAAGAGUUAAACGGGUACAAAGUUCAUGGCAUAGUAAGGAAUUGAGAGUGAGUGACUGUUUACGUAAAUGAGCCGGUCUGGGUCUAACAAACCAGUGGUUGAUAGCAUGAACAGCCAGUGACAUAACUUUAAGGGAGAAAGUUUGUUUGUUUGUUUGUUUGUUGUUUAACGUUGCACUCAACAAUAGUCCUGCUAUAGAAUAGGCCUUCAGCAACCCAUGCUUGCCGUAAAAGGCGACUAUGCUUGUCGUAAGAGGCGACU